AUGAAAACACACUACCGCAUUGGGUAUGGCGCCGUGUUAUUGGCGGUGGGGUCGCAGCCCAACGAGCCUCUGCAAUUGGGCCAGGAGCCUGAGAAGACGCCAGACUCCCAGAGGAGGGCCCUGAAGCUGGACCAAGCACCACCCAGACCAGGCCCCGGCUUUAGUGGCAGACAGACCACAUGCGUCACACGGUCCUCCCUCGACCGUCGCUUCGCUGCGCAGAGACAACACGCACUACUUCGCCCCAACAACUCGACUGCCAUGGCAUACUCUACGAGGUCGCUCUCCGGCCACCUGCGCCAGAGCUCGGCUGCAGGCAACUUCAACUCACAAUCCUCCGGGCAGUCCAGUGCUCUACAAGCCCGCAUCAACGAGAAGAAGGCGGAACUCGCGAACCUGAAAGAGCUCAAAGACCUGAGCGCGGCAGUCGCAGACCAGAUGGAGGCACUGGAGCAGAAGCUCUCGACGCUCUCGGACGGGACAGAAGCAAUCGCAACGGUGCUCGGCAACUGGCACAACGUCUUACGGGCCAUCAACAUGGCGUCAGCCAAGUUACCCAAACCGCGGGAAGACCAAGCAUCCACGACCGACGACGGAGAUUCUGUCCCGCUGCCGCAGACACUGGUGCGAAUACCUACGGAACAUGCGCCGGCCUUGCAGGCGCAGGCUGAAGGGCUAGAAAGCCAGAACAACUCUGCCUUGUCAUGA